CUUUUUCGUCGCCCACCUUUAAUUCCAAACACUGCAACCCCUUCUCCUUCCCCUCCCCUCCCCUCCCUUUGCUUCCCCUUUACUCCCUCCCUCUCUCUCUCUUCAUGUGAGCAGGUGCGCGCCGUGCUCGGCUUUCCGGCUUCUCCUCUUUCGGCAAGGACCAAAGGCCGCUCGCCCUUGUCCAGGCUCCGCAUUCCGGCGUCACUGCGCGCAAGCAAGAACAACAGUAAUAAGGCGCCUGCCUGGCUUCUCCGGUGUGUUCUGACUUCUGACUGAGGGGGCGCGCGGAGGGGGAGCUCGUGAUGGAGUCCUCGUUCAAUGGGGUUUGACGCGAGGUGCUGUGCCAAGAUAAAGCGGUUGGGAUAAGUUUGUAAAUUGCUUUGUCAAAUCAGGACAAGAUUCUGAAUUAGGGGGGUGAACCUAUCGCAUAGUUUGUUCAUCAGAGAUCAGACACGCCGAAGGAUAUGUCAUCACCUAACAAUUCUGUCAGCACGGCGCUGUCAGAGACGACCCCCGUGUUUCAGUUGAGAGUAUGGCAGUUGAUUGCCAUUGCCGUUGGGAUAGUCAUGGCGAUCCUGCUCGUCAUUGCGCUGUGCCUUUCGUUCCGGAGGAAAAAGAAGACGCUGAAAGGGUUUGACAACACUUCGCUGGCUGAGAUCCCCAUCGUUUCUAAGGAGAUCAACGUUGACAGAGUUGAUGCGCAGACGCAGAGUCUACGUGACAGUGAAGCGCCCUUCGUGCCGGUGCAGGAUAAAUAUGCGCAGACCAAAGGCGCGGGGCAGCUGGGAGAGAGUAGAUCCGUCGAUGUCGAUACGUUCAGCCAGUGCAGCUCAGUGUACAACGUAGAGAAGGCUGGGAGCAGCUCAGUGUACUCUGAAGAUUACAGUUACAGCAGCUCUGGUCCAGCUAGGAAAGGUAGCUCACCGUAUGCAUAUUCGGCAUCACCGCUGGUUGGCCUGCCUGAGUUAUCACAUUUGGGCUGGGGCCACUGGUUUACCUUGAGGGACCUGGAGUGCGCAACGAAUCGGUUUGCAAAGAGUAAUGUUCUUGGGGAGGGUGGAUAUGGAGUUGUCUACAAGGGCCGUCUGGUGAAUGGGACUGAGAUUGCCGUGAAGAAGAUCCUUAAUAAUGUGGGGCAGGCAGAGAAGGAAUUUAGAGUUGAAGUUGAAGCCAUCGGUCAUGUUCGGCAUAAGAAUCUGGUCCGCCUUCUAGGAUACUGCGUGGAAGGGAUACAUAGGAUGCUUGUCUACGAGUAUGUCAAUAAUGGCAACCUAGAACAAUGGCUUCAUGGCAUGAAUCAACAUGGUGUCCUUAGUUGGGAAAACCGUAUGAAGAUUCUCCUUGGCACUGCAAAAGCUCUCGCGUACCUUCAUGAGGCCAUAGACCCCAAAGUUGUACACAGAGAUAUCAAGUCAAGCAAUAUCUUAAUCGACGAUGAAUUCAACAGCAAGGUUUCUGAUUUUGGGUUGGCUAAACUUCUGAAUUCUGACAAAAGUCAUAUCAAUACAAGAGUGAUGGGAACAUAUGGGUAUGUAGCACCUGAAUAUGCGAACAGCGGGAUGCUAAAUGAAAAGAGUGAUAUUUACAGUUUUGGAGUGGUGUUGUUAGAAUGUGUGACAGCUAGGGAUCCAGUUGAUUACACUAAGCCUGCAGAUGAGGUACGAGUUUUCCCUGUUUCAGAGAAUUGGUGUGAUUGCAUUUCCAUUUACUUCUUAAACCUCAUCUAUUGUUUGUUUCAGGCGAAUCUCAUAGAGUGGCUUAAAAUGAUGGUUACCAGUAAGAGGGCAGAGGAGGUCGUGGAUCCAAACCUCGAGGUUAAGCCACCAAAACGUGCCCUUAAGCGGGCAAUCUUGGUUGGCUUCAAGUGUGUUGAUCCUGAUGCUGACAAGAGGCCAAAGAUGAGUCACGUUGUCCAGAUGCUUGAAGCAGUUCAGAAUGCAUAUCAUCAAGAUCAAAGAAAGCUCAGCCAGGUAGGAAGCAUGGAUAUUGAGUCACAGCAGUCACAAGAGGAGACUUCAAACAGUGCUGAUGCCUGAACCUCCGAUUCUGAACAAUCACAGCAAAUAGGACCCUGAAGUCAUCUGAUAACAACAUUGAUUUGAUCAUUGCUCAGUACUUAAUAGAGUGAGUGGAUCAGGUUUACAGUUUGCGUAUACUGGAGGCGGUGGUUAAAAUCAACUAGGAGAAAGUUGCUCAUUCUUUGUUUUUUUUGUUGUUUUUUGUUUACCCCUGUUUCUGGGUGUGCUUCUAUGCUCCCCUAAAGGUUCCAUCUCUUUUGCCCUAGGAUAUGUAUAGUUUUCCUUUAGGGGAGCAUAGAAGCACCUUAUUCAUCUUUAUUUAUCGUCUGAGUUACCAGGAGGGACUAACCUCAGGCAUAUGAGUUAUGACUGUGUAGUGGCUUUAUGGAAACUCAUUAUUACCCUAUAUGAAAACAUAAAACUGCUGCUGUCAAUGAA